GGCCGCUGCCCCGCCGCACCCAGGAUGAGCUCGGCCGCCGGCCCCGCCGCCCUGCCCCCGGGCUCCGCCAGCCGGGCCUUGCAUGUGGAGCUGCCCUCGCAGCAGAAAUUCUGCGCUAGGGAAGCGCGCCCUGGAAGUUUUGGUUCGCUGCCCCUGCGCCGUCGGUGGCGCGUGGUCUGAGCUGCUUCAGCUGGGUGCUUCCAGGUGUGAAAACGAAGCCUUGCGAGAGGAAAAAAUCGAUAGAUGGCAGCUGGAAAUGAGGCUGUAACCGCUCCUGGGCGUCGACUUCGUCAUCUUAGGAAUAUUGCAGCGCGUAACAUUAUCAAUAAGAAUGGUUAUCGCCUCCUGGAUACGUACUUCACUCUUCACCUGUGUGAUAACACCAAGAUAUACAAAGAAUUUUAUAAGAGUGAAGUGAUCAAGAAUUCUCUGAAUCCAACAUGGAGGAGUCUGGACUUUGGAAUAAUGCCCGAUCGUCUUGAUACAUCCGUCUCGUGUUUUGUUGUGAGGAUCUGGGGCGGCAAGAAGGAGCACUUUCAGCUUUUGAUCGAAUGGAAGGUCAACCUAGAUGGUUUAAAGUACUUGGGACAGCAGAUACAUGCAAGAAACCCAAACGAGAUUAUUUUUGGUCUCAAUGAUGGUUAUUAUGGAGCUUCAUUUGAACAGAAGGAUCACUCAGGUGCCCUGAAGAAUAGUCUUCUCCAAGUGGAUCAGAACUGUGUUCGUAACUCUUACGAUGUCUUCUCUUUGCUUAGGCUUCACAGAGCCCAGUGUGCAAUUAAACAGACUCAGGUAACCGUUCAGAAAAUAGGAAGGGAGAUUGAAGAAAAGCUGAGAUGUACAUCGACAAGCAAUGAACUGAAAAAGGAGAGUGAAUGUUUACAGCUGAAGAUCCUGGUGCUACGUAAUGAACUGGAGAGACAGAGGAAGGCCCUUGGUCACGAAGUAGCCUCAUUGCAUAAGGAAAAGAAUACUUUGCAUGACCGAGAAAAUGCGUUUGAGACUGAGUACCAGAAGCUUCAAGAGCAUAAUGAAUCUCUGCAUGAAUUAAGAAAAGAAUGCACUGCUAAGAGAGAGCUGUUUUUGAAGACAAAUGCCCAGCAGACCAUUCGAUGCAAGCAGUUGCUGUCGGAGCUGUCUUACAUCUACCCUAUUGAUCUGAAUGAUCAAAAGGAUUACUUUGUUUGUGGAGUCAAGCUUCCUAAUUCUGAAGACUUUCAAGCAAAAGAUGAUGGGAGCAUUGCUGUUGCCCUGGGCUACACCGCUCAUUUGGUUUCAAUGAUAUCCUACUUCUUGCAAGUGCCACUCAGGUAUCCCAUAAUCCACAAGGGCUCCAGGUCUACAAUCAAAGAUAACAUCAAUGACAAAUUGACAGAGAAAGAACGAGAAUUUCCUUUGUAUCCAAAAGGAGGGGAGAAGCUUCAGUUUGAAUAUGGAGUGUAUCUUCUCAACAAAAAUAUAGCACAGCUUAGAUAUCAACAUGGGCUGAGUACUCCAGAUCUAAGGCAAACUCUUCCUAACCUGAAGAAUUUCAUGGAGCUUGGGCUAAUGGUUAGAUGUGAUCGACACCAUACAUCCAGUGCAAUUCCAGUUCCAAAGAGACAGAGCUCCAGCUUCGGCAGAUUGGACGUCGGCUUUUCCAGUGGGCUUCCUUCUCCGGAUAAAGGACUCCGAAAACGAGCCAGCACGGGAAACGAGAGACUGCAGCACAAGACUCCUCCUCCUAGUUACAACUCUGCUUUAACGCAGCCUGUAGCCAUCGCAGCCCGCGUGGGAGAGUUGGAUAAAAAACCUGCCUCGAUACCUUCCUCCUUCGAUACCUCUGCGGACUCCUCGAAAGGGAUCACCAAGAAAGGAGAGGACUCGUGCGGCAGUUUGAACGGAGAAAACGGGAGCCUAAACAGUAGCCAAGACCGGCAGGAAUCUUUCGUAGGACAUACUAGUGCAAUAAACGGGGCGUUGCUGCCCGGUGAGUGCGCUGGCACCGCCAGCAGCGAGCAGCCUUGUGAGUUUCGGCCCCCACUCGGCCCCGUCCUUUGCUGCACCGUGGAGCAAGCAGAGGAGAUAAUGGGGAUGGAAGCGACGGGGUUCAGCUCGGGAGAUCAGCUCGAAGACUUUAACUCCAUCCCGGUGGAGCACGCCGUGGCGGUGGAGUGUGACGAACAAGUCCUAGGGGAGUUUGAGGAGUUCUCUCGAAGGAUCUAUGCACUGAACGAAAACAUGUCCAGCUUCCGCAGACCGCGUAAAAGUUCGGACAAGUGAGCUUGGACAGGGGGGUUGAGAGCAGACGUUGGGGUGAAAUCAGUGAUCUGGAAUAGAGAUAAAAUUGCACUUAUUCUUUAUAUUAAUUAUAUAUAUUAAAAAAGAAAAACCUUAAAGCUAUUCCUAUGGUGUUAGAAAAAAUGACUUGUUACUGAGCACGAUAACACAGGAUCAUGGUAUAUUCACAGCCCAGGUAAAUUUUGAUUCUGCUUCCAGUCCUUUUAUGUCUGGUAUUUAUAAUCUUUUUUUUUUUUUUAAGGCAAUGGAGUCCAUUUCUAAAUGCUUUCCUGGAAAAAAAAAAAACUUCAAGUGCUGAUCAGGCCCUCCUAUGAAUAUGUUUCAUUGAUUAUUAUAUAGAGCUAAAUUUAUUUUAGUCUUUUCAGAAGGAAAAAAAUUUAAAUUACAGUUAUGGUAAGACCUCUUUAUGUUUUCCCAUGUACUCCUGUGUUUUCUUGAGCAACGGGGUCAGUGUUACAGAAAUGCCAAGACUUAGCUGUCAGGGGACAGCUUUGUCUUGGCCGUGCUGCGUAGUCACACGAGUUCUGGUUUGCACCGAUGGGUCUUCAGCUGGCGGUGGUAAAACCUUGCCCAAGAGCUGAGCACGUGGGGGAUCCCUGCGCUUCCUUGUGCAAGGAUCAGCUUCAUUCUUUCCUCCUUUCCUCCACGCUCACCACUCCUGCCAGCAGAGCCCUUGAGGACUAAAUCACCUUAAGGUUUCUUCCAAGAGCCUCAGCAGUUCCCUGUUUUGCUUAGGUGCAGCCUGGCCAAGCUAAUCCGUGGAGGCCUAACGAAGGCACCGUGUGAGUGGGGUUGGUGUGCCGUGAUCCUCGGCGCCCACCGUGGGCUGCCAGGUACUGUGCAAACGUCUUCAUAAAAAAAAAUUAAAAUAAAAACCAAAAACCCAGACUGAAAACGCAGUCAGCACUUCGGAAUUAGGUGAACUUGUGGAGUCGCUCCACCCUCUGCAGAAAGGGAGGCGCUUACCAUUAUUCCUCUAAAUUAAUAUCCUCUUAACUCUACCAUCUGUGCUUUCAAGGAGGAAACUUCCUGCUGGAGGUGCAGGUUGGUGUUAGCUCGGUCCCCCCUGGCACGUGUGUUCAGCUGCAUUCAUGGGAAAGCAAUUUGCAGCCUGCUUUGUGAUUCCUGGUAUUUGUUUGAGUUUGGAUUUCAUUGCUCUUGCUUACUAUAUUGUAUACCCAAGAAUUUGGGCUCGGUUGUGAGCUCAGAAAUAUUAAAAAAAAAAAAAAAAAAAAAAAAAAAACCACAAACGUAUAGCAGAAUAAAAAACACUUCAUCACGCCUGGCUUUUUUUUCCUCCCUGGUCUCUGCUUUCUUUUUGAACCAGUGACCUAGUCUUUUUCCUAACUGCACCGUAAGGCUAGCCGAAAUUAACUUCUCAAAAUGUGGCUAUGUAUAAUCUCAGCUAUCUGUUGUCGAAACAAGAUGUGUACGUGAGAACCAGUAUCCAUAAUAGCACUGUUCUAGAAUAUGCAUUCUCCAGGUAACACCUUAAUGAUUGUAUUAAAGCUAUAUUCACACUUCUUCUGUUAGCUUUUAACGGUCGUGUCUGCAGUUGAGUUACUGGAUUGAGCCUUUCUACGGUUGAUUCCUGAUUGAACACAAUUCCAGUUCGGGCAUGAAUUUUGGGCACGUUUGUGAGUAUCGUCUCAUGAGAAAAGACUUUUCUGUUCCAACCUUGUGACAAGUCCCUAGAGGAAGUGCUGCAGCAGUGUAGGGCACUGCCAUCGUCUUUGCGAAGAGCUAGGUAGGGAGCUUUCCCUGUGCUUUGGCGUAUUGAAAGCCAGAAAUAAACACCUGAACCAAGCACAGCACGUUUUGUUGAGGUGGGCAGAAGAUACUCUGUCCUGUAACUGGAUGUCUUCUGAGAGCAGAAUAACUUUAGGCAAAAUUCAGCACUGUUGAGUCAGUCGUGCACACUGAGGGGUAAAAUCUGGCACACGAAACAGCACAGGACGGGCUUGGGGCACGCUAAUUUUCCUCUAGCUGUGUGCAGUGGUGACUUUCCAAAGCAACCCAAAGAGUAGCGGCGAAGUCACGAUGCCUCCUAGGCAGGCACGGAACAUCUCGGCGUAAUUAAGCAACCCGUGUAAUUAGGCUCAUAGAGCAUCAGUGAGACUUGGGCUUUUUGUCAUUAGCUGCACGUUUUCUCAGGUGGCACCCAACCAAAUGAAGUCUAGUUUCCUUGCGUUGCCGUUCCUGUGUGAGCCCUGUAACUCUUAAUGUGUCAAACGCAACAGUUGACUUCUGUACCCAUAUCACCGAGCUUCAUUAAGAGCUUUCCAUGGAUGCAUCUUCAGUAGGCCUUAAGUUGUCCCCAAAUUUUUGCUGUUUUUGUCACUUCCUAGGCAGAAGGUGCGAAGGGGAACAGCAUCGCUGGGCUGGGUAAAGCAUCGUCGAGCAUCUUUGCUGUGAAGGACGGGGGAUUGUACAGACUGCAGUCACUUCAUGGCUUUUUUUUCUGUGACUUUUUUUCCUCCCCCCCCCCCCCCCCCGUAAAUUAUUUGAAAAUAGCAUGGUGGGAGGGAAACAACGAGCGCGACUGAAGGUGAGAUGAUUUAUCAUGGCGUGCUUUAAACUGUCAAGAGCCUUUCAGUUCCUGCACAGCUGUGACGCUGUUAAAUGUCUGCAAAUGGAGCAAACAUUUCAUUGCAAUCUUUUCCCCUCACUAGGAAUUCCUGAGAUUUUUGAGAAUAUUAGUUUUGGAAGAUCAUAUCCCACUCUAUUUUUAUAGCAAGCACAACAGCGUCGGCUUAUCAUUGCUUGGCCAGGUAUUUAAAACAAGCGAAAACAAAAUAUCCCAUAGUAAGUGACACAUUAAAACUAUGUUGGUAAUUGCGGGAAAGCUCAUCUGUAUUUAUAAAAUAAAACUGAUUAGUAUCUCUCAGAA